CUAAUAUGUAUGUUUGUUUACUGAUGAUUUCUGAAUCCUUCCGGGUUCUGUGUGGUCUGAUGGGCGUUUAGUGACGCCCUUGAUCUUGGUGGCUGAUAAACAGGAUGGGUCAUGAUGUUUGGCUUGGAGGUGAUACUAGCUAGAACGGGGAACAAGUUGCAGUGAACGUGACAACAUUGUUGCUGAUUUUGACCAUGGAAAAGGGAUAGCUUCUUGUUGUACUAGCGAAAGCUUGGACACCAUUUUCAGUGAGGCCAUAUCCAACCAGAAGCAACAGGAUUGGCACGACGCAUUGUUCCCAUAGCGGCUUGAGCGUAUGAUGGUCAAAUCGAUGUGGAUUCCCUGAACCAAGUCCUUGAGCCUGUCUUUCCUCCCCCUAUUAUGGAUCUCUGGCUAGCUAGAGCUAGCUUGCCAUAAUCUUAUCUUACGGGAGACUGACUCGACUCGAUUCACUCCAAGAACGACGUGUUAACAGUGCAGCUGGAUUAAGAGCAAGGAGGUCCGCGGCACCAGAUGUUGGCGUUGGAUUGAAGUUGUGGGGGUAGCAGAUAAAUUGUCUUUCCAAACCGUUUUUAUUUCCCAUGAGUACCGGAUCAAAAUUGUCCUUAUUCCCCAAAUUCAUUGCCGCUGGAGGCUCAUUCAUUCGACGACCUCUCAUUGAUUCCAUCAAUCCAUCCGAGAGAUCAGAGCCAACACAAACUGCAUCAACCGCUCCACCAAUACAAACUCUUAGCUCGACAAGGAAACGUUGACGACAACCACAGUAGUAGCUACUGGUAGCUACCUAGCUAGUUAGUGGGGCGGUAUUUGUUCUGCGGAGUGAAGUUUGAUGAAUUCGGGUUAACUGUGAAAUAAGUUCCCAAAAGCUAGCUAGAGUAACGGCAACUGAAAGUCAUCCACCCAGACGAGAUCAAGAGGAUGGUCAAGAUCACAGCAAUACCGAGGACUCGUCUCCUCCUCUUGAUGUCCAUAUGGAUCUCUGUUGUGGCAUGUCAGGAGAUCACUGAUUCCUACCCAACAGAAAGAACCCUGGAAGAUACUACUACCUCCAACAAUGAGUCCACCACGAUGAAUGCCCAUGCCCAUGCCCAUGCACAUGCACCUCGGCAGCAUCACCAUCCUCAUCACGGAACCUCCCUCCAUGGACACAAUAAUAAUAAUAGUCCAGCAAGAAGCAGGAGAUCCACAACAGGCAUUCAUGUGCUACCCCCAUCGCCGGAUGAUACCCCUGAAGCAUGUCCCGCGAAUUCCACCUUUCAUGCUUCUUGUGGAGCCGAGAGGUAUUGUGCCUCGUUACCGGGGACUCAUCAUGAUAACCACCACGACGACGACAACAACCAGAAUAAUACCAAUCACUCUCUGUGGUUCGAGUGGGACAAUACUAUUCCCUACAAUGCUGACGAAACCUACUACUAUUGUCUUCACAAGACACUCUGGUUCCCAACCUUGUCGCCCCAAGAUUUGCUCGCCUUUUUGCUGGCAGGAACGUGCUGCUUUUUGGCUGCCAUGGCAGGAAUCGGUGGAGGAGGCCUCAUAUUGCCCAUUCUACUCUUGUGUUGCAACUUUACUCCCAAAGAAGCAUCGGUACUGUCCAAUACCGCCGUCUUUUGCAAUACCUUGGGACAAUUUGUCAUCAACAAUUGCUGCAACAACAACCGUAACAACCAUAACAACAAUCCGUCCAUUCUCAUUUUUGCCACGGUCUUGAUGAUUAUGCCUCCUGUCAUUGCCGGAGGGAGUGUCGCCAUUACACUGGAAGGAAUGGUACCCUCCACUGUCAUUCUCCUUUUGGCGUUGGUGACCUUGUUGCUGGCCACCACCAAAACGUACCACAAAGCCCGGAAAAUGAGACUUGCCGAACAGGAAGAAUUUGAGUUGUUGACGGUAGAAGAAACACAACCACCACCACUUGCAGCAAGCCAAUCCGAGGUAAUGACGACGAUGAUGAUGCCACUCGAAAUGGAAAUCAAUAAUGACCAGCAAGAACCGAGACAAGACGACGCAUUGUUGGCAUCGGCAUUGGAUUGGGGAGGCGAUCGUCCGGCUACAAUGAGGGAUAUCGCUGUUUCGCCGGGCAGUCGCAAGAGUAUGGAACUGCUGGAUGCUGUCAACUCGGAAAAUCACGACAUCUUGGAAGAAACAUUCUUAGGAUCCAUUCGAUAUCUCAGCAAGGACGAAGAAGACAACAGUGAAGUACUCAUUGUCGAUGAGAGUUCGUUGGCCACAUCAUCGCAGUCGAGUACCCCCACCAAUGGACAUAGCCGAAAAAUGGCCACGGAAAACACGGCAGAAACCCAAGAGGUGGAUGAGGAGGAAGGACUUCCAGCAUCCGCACCCGUGAUAUCUGAAAGCGUACAACAAUCAUCUGACGACGAGGAAUGCCCAAAUGGACUCUGCAACCGCAUGAUGCAUCACAAAUUGCAACUACUGAUUGGAGGUUUUUGGGUUUUGGAUGCCGUCACGUUUCUCUUGCUGCACGCUGGAACCUUGAUUCCGAAAUGCUCGCCAGCCUUUGUGGUGCUGGUGUGCUUCCCAGCCCUGGUGGCAGCUGUUUUUGUGGGGUUGGGCCGAAGUCAAUUGUUGUCCAUUCAGCAGCAAGCCACAGCUGCAGCAUUGCCGUCUUCCUACCGAACCGACGACGAUCAACGGCCACUACUGGCUGCCUCGUUCGACGACGAAGAGGAGGAAGAGCCAGAUGCCAAUGGGCAAACGAUGGACGAAUCACCACAACAACAAUCAGCAACCGAACCUACGAGCAACGGGAUGAUGUCUCUUGUGACUAGUUUCUUCAAAAGAAUGAGACGCCAACGGGCAUUGCGAGUCUUGACUCGACAAGACUCGCCGUCGGGUCGCCGUCCACUUCUCUCCUCGAGAAGUUUCAGUAGUGUCGAUGAAGAUGCUGACCAAGACGAAGAAGUGGUGGCACAUCACGACAAUUUCCAGUCUCUCUUGGCAUGGUGGCUGCCUUGGGCAUGCAUUGUGAUUGGUCUCUUGUCCGCGUUGCUUGGGAUUGGUGGAGGAGAAUUGCUGGGACCAAUCUUGCUGCUUCUUCUCAAGAUGGAUCCACAACAGAGCAGUGCCACCACAGCCAUCAUGUCCAUGAUGAACAGUGGAACCAAUCUGAUGCACUACAUUGUGGCAGACAUGAUGAUUGCACCAGGUUAUGCAAUCAACUUGGGCAUGGCGGGCCUUGUUGGAGGCGUCGGGGGACGACUGUGGGCAAUGAGUAUGGCUCAAAGGGGACGUCCGAGUGUCAUUGCACUGAGUUUGACUGGAGUGUUGGCCCUGGCCACAGCCUUGGUUGCAUGGGAACUGUUGACAACGCCUCUGUCACUAAAGAGCAGUGGCGGCGUUUGUUGAGAUAUUUCCAGGCGUUCUACCAGUACUCUGAUUGUACAUCGACAUACGUAGUUUACAUGCUUUAAUAGACAUCAUACAUAUCGUU